GCGCAAGUCCGACAACUCCGACUGACUCCGACCGGAGUCGUCCUCACGGUGUUCUCCCUACCGAUGUUUUAACCUCUCUCUCUCGGGCUCUCGCGACCGAUCCGCAAAGCCGGAAUAAUUGCAACGGGAUUUUUGCGAUAGUCGCGAGGCCGUCUUUCCGUCGACCGUCCAGGGACCGUUCAUUGACUAGGAUAACCCUUCGCACAUUGCACCUCUGGCCAACAUGGCGGCGACGUUAGGUCGAAUUUGUAAAUCGGGUCUUCUGAAACCGAAUUAUGGCACGUUGCUCGGCCAGACCAGUAAUUUUUCCACUGUGAAAGAAUGGCCUAGGAGUCGGAAAGCGUUGUUAACAUGCUUAGGAGUGACUGCCGGAGGCAUCAGUGCCUUCAUUUAUGCUUUAGAUAGCUCCGUAAGAGCUAGCGAUUUGAUAGCUCAUCCUCCGACGUACAAAUGGGACUUCUAUGGAUGGUUCAAUUCCCUAGAUCAUGCUAGUAUGCGACGAGGAUGGGAGGUCUACAAAAAUGUGUGUGCAGCUUGUCAUAGUUUGCAAUAUGUAGCGUAUCGUCACCUCGUUAAUGUUACUCACACCGAAGAUGAAGCCAAAGCUCUCGCGGAAGAAAUUACGGUAGAAGAUGGUCCUAAUGAAAUAGGAGAGUACUUCAAACGUCCAGGAAAAUUGUUCGAUUAUGUGCCAUCGCCAUAUCCGAAUGAAGAAGCUGCUAGAGCAGCGAACAAUGGUGCUUAUCCACCUGAUUUGUCUUACAUAAUUAAUGCCAGGCACAAUGGAGAGAAUUACGUUUUCUCUUUACUGACUGGAUAUUGUGAUGCACCAGCCGGUAUAACUUUAAGAGAAGGACAAUAUUUCAAUCCAUAUUUUGCAGGCGGUGCAAUUGGUAUGGCACAGGCUAUUUAUGACGAAGUCUUAGAAUAUGAAGAUGGUACUCCAGCAACUGCCUCUCAAGUUACAAAAGAUAUUACCACAUUCCUAAUGUGGACUGCCAAUCACGAAUUUGACGAUCGGAAAAAAAUGACUAUUAAGGCACUUGGAAUCUUCUCAAUUCUUCUUGCUACUUCAUACUACUUCAAGCGACACAAGUGGACAACUAUUAAGAGUACAAAACUUAUGUUUGUCCCUAAAAAAUACCGUUAGCCAAUGGAAAUUUAAUGUUAGCUAUUGCGCUGGUAUCGGAAUGUAGUUUCGCAAUAUAUCCGGCAAGUUGUGGCUCCUCUCUGAAGAUUCAAACUUAUUCUUCAUAUAGCAUUCGACUGUCAAUUUGUCAUCAUUACCAAAAUCUAAAUUAAACAUUGUACAUAGUUAUACCAAAUGGAGUCAUCGUCUGAUUUAAAUAAAUUGUUAAACAUAAAUAA